AUGACCAAAGAUGCCUGGAAGGUUUGUAUGGCAGUUUCUGCCCUUGAUGUUUGCAACUUUGCUGUCACUGAUUUGAAUGCACGUAGACGCAACCAACUGUUGCAUGCACUGUUUGGCAAUUCUAGCUCUGCACAAGAGACGGAUCUUUUGCAAGUGAAUGAUCCUUGGGCCCCUGUCACCCGCAAGGGUAAGAAACCGGCUCAAAGAACAAUUCAGGGUCCACCUAAGCAGACCACCACAAAGUGGGAAGACCUUGAAAUCCCACAUAUGGAUGAGCUUGAGCCUUCUUUGCCACAGCUUCCCAUUUCAAGUUUGCAGCCUGAUGUCACUGGAGUGGUUUUAGCCACACUUCCGAGCGUGGAUCGACACAAAUGGGUCCGCAGUCAGCAGGCCCUUGCAUUGAUGGUACCUGGUCAAAACCGGGAGGAUUUGCAAGCAGUGAUGCUCACAGGAGGUCUUCAAGCUUCCGCAGUCGCGGAGGGUGAAAUCACUUUGAGAGACCCCUUGAAAGCCAAGCGAGAGCGCAGAAGGGUGACCUUGAUCAACUUGGGCGCCUCCCCAGUCAAGUUUGCUCCACUCCCCACUGACUUGAAGGUUCCUGUUAGUGACACCUUAGAGCUUUGGUUUGCAAUCCAGAAGCGCUACGCUUCUCCAGCCUUGUGGCAAUAUGUCACCCAAGGCGGACGCAAGAGCAUGAUCAACCUGGUUUCGGCCUUGAAAGCCGGCAAGGAUCCUAUGGCCGCUCUCGACGGCCAAUUGUCCGAGAUCUAUGGGCUCACUCGCAACCAACAGUCUUGUGAAUGUGCAGCGAGAGCCUUGACCGCGGAAGCCAAUCGCCUGCUUGAGCACAGCGGGACGCAUGGUGUCUUUGUGCGCAAGAUGAAGCGCUUUGGCCAGAAGAUUGAAGAUGCUGUCAUUCUGUGGAUUCCCACCAAUGACCUGCCUGAUUUGCAGGCCAGAUGUCAACCCCUGAAGGGUCUUCAAGGCAUAGUUUGCAACCGACAAGGACUGGGUGUCCGAGUCACUGGAACUGGUGAUGAGUUGGCUCAGGCCCGUGCGGUGCUGCAGCCCGGCAAGGUGGCACCCAACAGUGCCCAGAUUCGUGGCGAUCAACACUUUGAAGUCAGCGGCCUACCCCUGCAGACUGAAGCGGCUGAUGUGCAGUCUUUGCUGGACAAGCUGCCUACAAGCACUGGUGUUGUCCUCAUUGAGAAGCUGGCGUCUCCCAGUGAAAUUUUCCAACAGAAGGAAGACCAGAAGCGCAAGGAGAAGGUCGAGCGCUUCAAGUACUCCCCUGACAAGAUUGACAAAUCGCCAAUGGCUCCUGCCUUCCCGGCCUCUAGCCGCCCUGCUUCCUCGCAGGCUUCCAAGCCACAAGAAUCCAUUGCUGCUGACCUCAAGCAAUACGUGGACACCAAGCUCAAGGUGAUCAAGUCGGACCUUGACAACCAGUCCCAGAAGGUCGCCUCCCUGUACGAUGAUUUUCAGCACCUCCGCGAUGAUGUGCACCAAUCUCUUUCCAAAGUUGCGACCAAGGAUGACAUCGCAGCUCUGCUUGCAGAGCACCUAUCUGACAAACGUCAGCGCACGUGA